UUCGGUAGAGGCAGGAUCCGGUGGAAAAGGCAUAAAUUUCAGCAUGUUUUGACAAAAAACCUGACAGGUAACGGGAAGUAUGACUAUGACCUGGUGGUUAUUGGUGGAGGUUCAGGAGGACUUGCCUGUUCCAAAGAAGCCGCACAGCUGGGACAGAGAGUUGCUGUUUUAGAUUAUGUGGAGCCAUCUGCUAAAGGUACCAAGUGGGGUCUCGGUGGCACGUGUGUUAAUGUUGGCUGCAUUCCUAAGAAGCUCAUGCACCAGGCUGCUCUGCUGGGCACUGCAGUCAAAGAUGCUAAGAAGUACGGCUGGCAGAUCUCAGGGCCAAUCUGCCAUGACUGGGCCACCAUGGCAGAGGCUGUUCAGAACCAUGUCAGGUCUCUGAACUGGGGUCACAGAGUUCAGCUCCAGGACAAGAAGGUGAAGUAUCUGAACGUCAAAGGAAGUCUGCAGGAUGAACACACUGUUAAAGGACUCACUAAAGCAGGGAAAGAGAUGAUCCUGACUGCCAGGAACAUUGUGCUCGCCACAGGUGGACGACCCAAUUACCCCACAAAUAUCCCAGGAGCAGUGGAGCACGGCAUCACCAGCGAUGACAUCUUCUGGCUGAAGAAGUCUCCUGGGAAAACGCUUGUGGUUGGAGCCAGCUAUGUGGCUCUGGAGUGUGCAGGCUUCCUCACAGGCAUCGGCUUGGAAACCACAGUGAUGGUUCGCAGCAUCGCCCUCCGGGGGUUCGAUCAGCAAAUGGCAGAUUUAGUGACAGACUACAUGGAGGCAUAUGGGACUAAGUUUGCAAGGAAGUGUGUCCCAAAGAGAGUGAACAAACUCUCGUCAGGAGCCCUGCAGGUGACCUGGACUGACACCAACACAGGCAACGAACACAAUGACACCUAUGACUCGGUGUUAUGGGCAGUUGGCAGAGCCCCUGAAACCAAAGCCCUGGGCCUGGACAAGCUGGGUGUGCAACUCAAAAAGGAGACGGGGAAAAUAGUUGUGGGCGCUGACGAAUCCACCUCAGUGCCAAACAUCUAUGCUUUUGGUGACAUCAGUGAGGGUCGUCCUGAAUUGACCCCAACAGCCAUUAAAGCAGGAAAGCUUCUAGCCCGCAGACUGGCUGGUCACAGCACUGAACUCAUGAACUACGACAACGUGCCGACUACAGUGUUCACCCCCCUCGAGUACGGCUGUGUGGGUCUGUCUGAGGAGGAGGCUGAGAAGAGACACGGGAAAGACGGCAUUGAGGUCUACCAUGCAUUCUACAAGCCUCUGGAAUUCAGUGUCGCAGAGCGAGAUGCCAGCCAGUGUUACUUAAAGGUGAUAUGUGAGCGGACCGGAGACCAGAGGAUCCUGGGUCUGCACUUCACUGGUCCAAAUGCUGGAGAAGUCACACAGGGCUUUGCUCUGGGCUUCCAGUGUGGAGCGACAUAUUCCCACCUGUUGCAUACAGUAGGCAUCCACCCAACCUGUGCCGAGGAGGUGAUCAAGGUCAACAUCACAAAGCGAUCCGGCUUGGACGCCACCGUAACCGGCUGCUGAGGUUAAGCACCUCGGUCUCUGAACGCUGCUGAGCACACAGGGUCCCUCUUUGGCCGUAGAAAAAAUUUAGCCUGAGUUUCUCCUGCUCUAUCUCCAUCCCUCUCCUUCUAUAUGGCCCCAAACUGCCCCAGUUUCACAAUGCUCUCUCUGGGAACAAGGGCUCCUCAGGCCAGUCAUGCAGAUCAUCACUGGCUGCCCAGGUUAGUGUCACUGACACAUCAUGUGAUAACCAAAACUAUGAUUACUCCAUACACAUGCAUGUUGUGAGUAUGUCCUUUAAGAGCACAGGGUUAUAGAUCAGAUUAGUGAAAGCCGUGGCUGCGGAGCGAGCAUCUUUUAAAUAAACAGACUCAUCAAUCAGGAUUAGGGCCUGUGCUCAGGGUUUUGUUGAAUCUUACGAGAAGCAUGGACCAAACCCGAACGUUUUUCUGAAUAUAUAUUCUGCAAAUAUUGUUGUUUCUCCGGCUGUACUUCCUGUCCAUUAGUCUUGUAGGUGACACAUACCAUACACCCCCACAAACCCCCCCACAUGACACUGAUGGAUGGCCCCAGGGCCGUCGCCACAGCGACACCGCCCCAUUUCCCAUGGACACACACAAACAGUCAGCGGGCUGCCUGUCAGUCAGCUAGCUAAGACCUGGCCGGGGAGCCCCAGCUUGUUUCAGGUCCAAUAGACGCCAGACCCCUUACUUUUCCUCCCAUGCCCUUCUCCAUCCCGGUGCAUGAAAGAAUAUAGUGGGACUACAAACGUGCUGUAUAGAUGCCACAGCUCAGCCACAGGGCAACUCUACCUGUUGAUAACAGGACUGUGAGAGCUCAACUACAACUGUACUACUCAGCCUCGCCCAAAGGUGGCACUAUUGCCUUCCAUUUCUCCCUUUUUUUUCUGAGCCAAGAGUGGAAGACAGGAUAAAGAAGUCGUUGGAUAGAACAUAAACCUGAAUAUAUUCAGGUUGCACAUUUAAUCCCUUUAAUCCCUAUAAAGAUAUGUGCUUUUGGAUGAUGUUUGAAAGCAGACUGGCUUCAUUGGUGCCAAACUGAUAAGGGUUAUCUGUUGUGUAUUUACAUGGACGGCAGGUUAGGCCUAAGAGUCAUCACCCUUGGAGAUAAGGGAAGUUGUUUAUAUCAAUAAAGCAGUAAUAGGCCCCCACAGUUUGCCAAAGUGCUUAAAUGUUCAUCUUGCUGCCUGUACUGGACAUCUUGGGUUUAUUAAGUAGAGGAGGAGGAGGAGGAGGGCUGUCAAUAAAGUGGGUUGCUACAGAAAUCAGGGGACCUAAGAGGAGGCUGCUGGGCGUAGUUUAUUUUUAUUUGAAGUCUAAUCUGCCCAGUCUGAUUAAUGAUUUCGAUGAGGGGAGUGACAGUGUGCCAGGAGAUGGAGAGAGGAAAAAGAGAGAGAGAGAGAGGUACCAGGUUUGUUUGGACCUGGGCCAGAGGAGAGAGAGCUGAGUUUCAGCCCUGGUUAGGGAGGGAAGGGGAUUCCUGUGUACUCUGUUCAGGGCCGAGGUGCUGACUGAAGGACCCUGACCUCCGCUCAGCAGGAACAGCUUGACUCUAUCACUCGGAGCACAGAGGGCUCACAUGCUGCGGCGCUGCACGGCAGGGGCCUGGGGGGCUCGGGGUG